UAUAUUAAGGCUUGAUGAUCCGCAAGUUUUGCACUAAUUAGAUUUUAAUUAGAAUCAUAUUAACGACUGAUCCUCAUCUCACUCUCUCUUCUCUCCCUCACCUCUCUAGAGUUGGCGGAUUCGCCUGAUUGGGUUGCCUUGAAGCGUUAUUAAGCUUUGAUUCUAUAGUAUAAGAAAGAUGAAUGAGAUUGUUUUGAAAUGUUUCGAUGGUUGUGGCGAUAAUAAGUAUUAUUUAUCUAUUACGUCUCCUCAAGACAUGUCUCCCAAGGAAGGCUUUGAAAUUACCAAUCUUUUCUUUUAUGAUAAUGAAAAUUAUGUUAGUGGUAAUAUUUGUCGGAUGCUAUUGUAUUUCUAUUAUCAUGGCAAAAUUGUUCUUUGCAACCUAACAACUAAAGAGCUGGAAUUUAUUGCUCCGCCGAAGAAACCCAUUCAAUAUAAUAUCCUUCUCCAGGGUUGUGGUCUCGGAUACGAUGCUAAAUCCGGCGACUACAAGUUGAUACAGAAGUAUCACCUAUGGUCUUGGUGCAAUGUUCGACAUCGUUCUGAUUAUGAAGAGACGAAAACUGAGUUGUAUUCGCUUAAAAGUUGUUCUUGGAAGGAGAUUCCGAGUCCUGAUGCUCGUAUUGCCGGCGGCAAUUGUGGUGUGUACGUUGAGGGGAGUUGCUAUUGGCAAGCAAGUCUUGGUCCGGCCUUUGGUGGUCCAUCAGGUGAACUGGCAUUAGAUGUUCUAUCAUUUGACUUCACCAGUGAAUGUUUCUCUUGCAUCCCUUCGCCGACUGGAGAUGAUGGGUUGACAUAUGAUCUUGUCGAGUGUCGUGGCUUUCUGGGUGCUAUUGCCUAUGAAUAUACCGAUGAACAAUCAAAGUGUGGAGCCAAGUCUUUUGAGCUUUUGGUAUGGAAAGAAAGUUCGUGGGCCAAAUCAUUUGUUGUUGCUCUUUACGGCAUUGAAAACCCGUUGGGAUUGAAGGAAGGUCGAUUUUUGUUUCUUAAAAGGAAGAUAUUCGGUAGUGAUAAGCCCUAUCAGUUAGUAGUUUAUGAUUGUGUUACGAAGGAGUUGAAGAAAUUUGAUACUGAUGCUCGUGCACAAAAUGUGAGUGUUGUCUCUCAUGUUGAGGAUAGAGUUGAGCUAGUUUAUGACUGGAUUUCGAUGAAGGUGUUUUCUUAUGCUGAGAAUUGUGCUCUGCUGCCGAAUGAUGCAAAAAUCUCACAAAAUGCUGAAGAAUUCGUCCUCGAAGGUUUUCAGAAGAUCGACAUCCAGCCAUGGAAGCUCGAAAGAAAACCCACAUUUACUGUGAUAAGGCUUUGGCUUUUUACCUAUAUCUUGUGUUAUGUCUCGUGUCGUUGUGCUUGGAAAUGAUACAUUGCAAGAAUUUCAAAGUUGAUUCCGAUUUGUUGAGGAAGAUUUCUCAUGAAUAAUACACUUUCAAUAGCAAAUUUUGAUGAAAAGAAUUUGGUUGAGGAAUUUGG